ACCAUCCAGGGGAGGAUGAGAGAAAAGACCAGGGGGAACGUGUACACGAGUGAGACAUGGCUAGGGUUAGGAGACAGAGAAAAGUGUGAGAGGGCUGAUACAGAGAAGCAGCAGUGAACAUGACAAGCAAUUAGGAAUAAGGACGGAAGAAGAAGGAGGGAGUGAUACAAAAGCACAGAGAGUGAGAGGGAGAGAGAGAGAGAGAGAGAGAGAGAGAGAGAAAGAGCACAUCAGAACACAGUGACACAGAAGAGAGUGAAAAGACCUCUGUAUGACAUCCUUGCAAUGAAGCACACUGUAAAGUGAGAUAACCGGACCCCAUGGACUAUUUAAUAGCCACAGACACACCCAGCAUCAGCCACCCUGGAGUCAGAAAUUACAUACCAUAAGAAUCCGCAGCCAAAGUACCAUUACGGAGUCCUACAAUCCCAUGUUUCCACCUUUACAUGCCAACUCUUCCCUCCCCUCUGUCCUUUCGCCCUUACCUCCUACUUCUCCUACCUUCUCUCCAACAUCUUCCUACCCCCGUUCUUCUCCUUCUCCUCUCUUACCGUCUCUAUCAAUGGCCUUUGGGGCUUCCUCCAAUGCACUGGGCCUGUGGAUCCUUGCUCGGGCCUAUUCCCACUCUCGCAGACUUCGACGCUCUAGAGCCCAGUUUCUACUCUUGGCAUCAGGACUUCUAAUGACCGACUUGGCUGGACAUGUUAUCGCUGGUUCUUUUGUCCUUUGGCUGUAUUCACAAGGAAGGAUUCCAGCUCUUGGAUGCCAGUUUCUUGGUGGUUGUAUGGUAUUUUUUGGCCUUUCUCCUCUACUCCUUGGAUUUCUCAUGGCAUGCGAACGCUGCCUUGGUUUGACCAAACCAUUAUGGCAUUCUUUUAUGGUGACACAAACCCGUGCUCGUUUAAGUCUGGCAUUAGUUUGGGCUGUAGCCUUUUUGGUGGCCAUUCUUCCACUGAUGGGAUAUGGAGUAUAUGGACUUCAACCUUCUAGAACCUGGUGCUUCCUACAAGGACCUCCAAGUUUCUGUUUGUUAUUCUCAGGUCUUGGCUUGAGUUCACUAACCGCUGCACUGGUGUGCAAUGCUUUGGUUGGAGUAACCCUGCUGAAAGCCCGACUCUUAAAAGCCUCUGGGGAGGAAAGAAGAAGGAGGCGGCGUGGAGCCCGCUCCCAUGACCUGGAGAUGAUGGUGCAACUGCUGGCAAUCACUCUUGUUUCAUGUGUGUGCUGGAGUCCCUUGCUGGUGUCUGUGGUGAUGCAACACACCGGCAUCUCCCUUCCAAACUCCGGUUGGCUACUCUUUGCUGUGCGCUUAGCUUCCUGUAACCAGAUACUGGAUCCCUGGGUGUAUAUCCUCCUGCGACGUUCCAUGUUCCACCGACUCUGCACCAUAUUUGUAAGAUUGGCGCACACUCAUGGAGGCAAGCUCAGCCGCUGGGACCCUGGGGACUUCCAGAGUUCAGAUCGCAGCGAAGUGAGUCGUUUAUAGACUUUUUAACAAAUGAAGAGUACCCCUUGCAUGAGACUAAAACAUAACACAAAAAGUGAUACACAAUUCUGGGAGAAGCUAACAAAAAUCCAAGAAAAAAUCUCAAAGUGCAUAAAAAAUGACAAACUUGCAAUCUCCAUUUAGACAUGCAAGCUGAAUUGAGUGAUACAAACAAAUGGCAAGCUUAAUGCCUAGUGACUAGCUCUUUUCACAACACAAUUAAACGAUUCCCCAAAAAGACGUCCAGCCGGUGGAGAAAUGCUGCCUAAAGGCAUGUUUAGAGCGUGUCACACAUGUCCGUUAUGAUCAUAUGAAGAACUGCACAUGAGGAAAAAAAAAAAAACUACUGUACUUUUCUUCCAGUCAAUGAAGCCUGCUGAGAUAUUGCCUACUGCAUCCCAGGGUAACUUGUUCCCCACAUCGACCUAUAUUUAAGGAAAAGCUGUAAUGGAAAAUAUAUUGUAAAAGAUAGUGCAUGGAAAAUUAUAUUUGCAGCACAUUCUAAUGAUGCACUGUGGUAACAAGAAAGAUGUCUAUAGAAAUACUUUGAAUAUAUCCUUGGGGACACAGAUACGAAAUCCCAGCUGCUGUAAAAAUUAAUCUAAAUGCAUUUGAGCAUAAGAAAUUAUUUUACAAAAUGUGGACCAUCCAAGCCCGAGAUUCUCGCAAAGAAUAUUUUGCUGUACAUAGAUUUAUCUAAACUAUCUAUCUAUCUAUCUAUCUAUCUAUC